AUGUCUCCACCGAGGAAUAGGAGACAAGUCAAGAGGAAGAAAAAGAAAAAUUUUAAAUGCACUGGGUUCGGAGACUGUCACAUGGCAUUCUCCAGAAUGGAACAUUUGGCAAGACAUAUAAGGAAACACACGGGUGAAAAACCAUUUAAAUGUGACGUGUGUCUCAAAUGCUUUAGCAGGCUCGAUAAUUUAAAACAACAUCGGUUAUCUGUUCAUUUGAAAAUUAUAAAUAUGGCGGAAUUACCGCCAACUUCUAUCGAUUUCAUUCAUAAACAAGAUUCAGUGAAAAUCCCCACCACUCCCUCCUACUCACACGAAAAUGCAAACGCAAGCGCAAGCACCAUACCGUACCACAAUGAUAACAAUAUCGGUCGAGCAGUACCGUCUUUACCUAUAACUACAAUAUUUCCAACAAAUAUUGGUAACAGAUUAAUAAGACAGAGACCGUAUUUGUUGCCACCUGUGAACAUUUCCAACCAACCAGCACCAAUUAAUGUCAUCUCACGUCACUCUCCACUCAAACUAUCAUACACCAUGAAUCCAGAUUUCCAAUCCAGAAACAACAACAAUAAUAAUGUUAGCAAUAGCACCGUUCCACCAAAUGCACCGCCGCCGCCACCGCAAGCACCACCGACAGUAACCACCAGCGAAAAGAAGGAAACACCAGUGAGUCCCAAACUAACCAGAGAAUCCAGAUUAAGCGUGGACUAUAUCAUUAGCGAUGAUGGAUGA